AUGUGUCGCUGGCUCUUCAACGGGCUGGUGGCAGGCCUCGUAUUCCUGUCCCUCCACGUCUUCGCAUACACACCUCUGUCCGACGACACCCUCCUAUACCUGCUUCCUCAGCCCGAGCCUGCCGAUUUCGACAUCCACACGGGAGCCCUCCUGGCUCCAAUACUGAUCCCUCGAGUUCCGGGCACUCCUGGAUCCCAGAUCGUUCGGCAGCACUUUGUCGACUUCUUCCACCGCUCCCUACCCUCAUGGUCGUUGACUUUCCAGAACUCGACGUCCAAGACACCCACCCAUGGAAACACCGAAGUACCGUUUGUAAAUCUGGUCGCUACUCGUGAUCCGCCAUGGAUCCAAGCAGGAAACGUUGGUCGACUGACCCUCGUGGCCCACUACGAUUCGAAAUAUAAGCCUGAUGGAUUCAUUGGGGCAACCGACUCUGCCGCGCCCUGCGCGAUGAUCAUGCAUGCCAUGAAGGCUAUUGAUGCAGCGCUGACCAAGAAAUGGGAGACUGUUCAGGCCCAAGGGGACAUUGAGCUGGACUUUGACGAGUACAAGGGCAUCCAGGUCUUAUUUUUGGACGGCGAGGAGGCUUUCCAUAGUUGGACGGCCACCGACAGUAUCUACGGGGCAAGGUCGCUCGCGGAAGAAUGGGAGCAUACUAUCAACCCAGCAACGAGCAUCUACAAGAACAGGUUGGAUUCAAUCGAACUAUUUGUGCUACUUGACCUGCUGGGCACGUCGGAAGACUUGCCCAUCCCUUCCUGGCAACACAGUUCACACUGGUCAUAUGUGAAGAUGGCCGAAGCUGAAGGACGACUUAGAAAGCUGGGACUGUUCAAAAGCAAUCCUUCUCACACCUGGUUGCCGGAUAAGGACAAGAAGGAGAGCGACGUGUUCAGCAGCUAUGUUAUGCAAGACGACCAUCUUCCAUUCAUUGCUCGAGGCGUUCACGUGCUGCACCUCAUUCCUGCUCGAUUCCCAUCUGUUUGGCACACAAUGAACGAUGACGGGGAGCAUUUGGACAUCCCCACAGUCCAAGACUGGGCACUUCUCACAACCGUCUUUGCUGCCGAAUACCUGGAGCUGGAAGGCUUUUUCGGGUCGUCAGCGAACAAGAACAUCAAACGAGAUGCCGCUGUAAUCAGCAAGACUGAGCUAUGA